AUGAUACAGUUACUACAGUCAUUCAACUGUGGAAGAAACAAGUUGAAUGAUACAGUUACUGCCUUCACUGUGGAAGAUAACAAGUUGAAUGAUACAGUUACUGUCUUCACUGUGGAAGAUAACAAGUUGAAUGAUACAGUUACUGCCUUCACUGUGGAAGAUAACAAGUUGAAUGAUACAGUUACUGCCUUCACUGUGGAAGAUAACAAGUUGAAUGAUACAGUUACUGCCUUCACUGUGGAAGAUAACAAGUUGAAUGAUACAGUAUCUUUCAGGGAUUAUGUGUCAUUCCUGAUAAAGAGGAACAAGAGACUGAACGACUUAGUAGCUGAUCCAGUCCUCAGCAACAUUCUCAAUGAUUCACCUGCUCCAGUAGAAGAGUCAGUGCUGAGCACUCGGUUCGGUGGAGACCUGGAGCAGGAGUCCCCAGUGUGCGCCUCCAAGGAAACACUUAUAUAUCCCAAGAGAGGCAAGACAACAAAGGACGACUGGGUGUUCGUAGUGAACCAGGAGAACGUGCAGCAAGCUCUUAGAGUGGAGAAAUGCAUCAAUGAAGGCAGUAGCUGCAACUUUGGAAUGCCACUACCGGGGAAUGCAAGAGCAGUGUGUCGCCAGAAGUACGUGUACCGGAGAAUGCUGACUGUAGCCAGCAACAGCAUUGAUCCCGAGGAGGUGCUUAUGCCCUCCUGCUGUGUUUGUUAUGCCAGGGACCAGACUUUCGACAUAUCUGCCUUGGUCAGGAAGUAG